CAGUAAUGCAGUGGCCUCUAUAGGUUGUCUUCUGCACCGCAAUUUUCCAUAUUUCCGCAAUUUCGGUUUGCAAUUAAUCAGCAAACGCAAUGCAAUCUAUACCCAUAGGUUUCUGUUUGAUGACUUUUUCUUAUUUAAAGAUAUGCUGGGACAAGUCGGUAAAGAGUACGUUUUCCUGUGAUUUUCAGUCACUGUCCUGUUGCACGUGUCGUCGUUCAUGCUUAGAGAAGCGAAGAGAAUGUGAUGUGCCAACGGUGCUGAAUCAAGCGCUGUCCGCGGUGCUGAACUUAUUGAGUCGACCUAUGGAAGAUGAAACGUUCCUCUGUUCUCAUUCCUUUCCGCACUCAACUUCGUAGUGCAGUCUCUCACGGUGUGUUUCUGUCUGCUCUGACGGUGCGCGGGAGUGUGUGAGGAGCGAGCAUCUCCAAUGUAGAUAAACUUACUUUCGCACGGGGAGACGUUUUGAUAUCGAAUCUAUUCUUGCUUAUUACUUGAAGGAAUUUUUCGUAUUUUUUCAGCAGAGGUGCUGAAGACCAAAUGGCGUUACUGUUCCACCUGCAGUAUUUGGGAGUUGAUUUAAAUGCCGCGGAUGACUAGAAUGUUCAGACGACCCAAGAGGGAAGUACAUUUUUCAGCAGUUUUGGAUUUUUUUUGCUUCGUUGUCCAUACAACACUGUGAGGGGUCACGUAAUGAUCGGGGAAGGAUAAUUACAUUUCUGGAUAUGGCAUCUGCAAAGUCGAAGCAAAAUAGCGGGGCAGAGGCUUGAUCGUCUUUCGUUUGUAAAUAUUAACGCAAAGACGUACGGAUUAUCGGUUCUGUUGGAGUACGCGCAUUUUUGCACCAACACUUUAAAUGGAAUGAUCUUUAUUUCUACUUAACGUCACGAAUCUGUACUUGUCUCGUUUGAUAGCGAUUAAAAUAAAGUGAGACCAGACAUUUCAACGAGUGUCACAUUUGCAGCAUGGAAACUGACCACUUAAGGGACCUGAGACACUCUCCUUGAAUGCGUCGAGACUGCCGCGGCGAAGGAUGGGCCCUUUUCUACCGGCGAUUUGCGUCGUGCUGCUCGCCCUGAACGCCGCCGUCUCGCCGGCCUCUGUCGGCCCCGAGGACUAUACCGCCGAGGACGAGGCCGAGAGAACUGCCAACAAUGACAUCAUUUUCGAUGAUUAUCGAGGGAAGGGUUGCGUGGAUGACAGUGGCUUCGUGUACAAGCUCGGGGAACGCUUCUUCCCCGGCCACUCGAACUGCCCGUGCGUGUGCACGGAGGACGGACCCGUUUGUGACCAACCCGAGUGCCCUAAAAUACACCCGAAGUGCACCAAGGUGGAACACAACGGCUGUUGCCCCGAAUGCAAAGAGGUCAAAAACUUCUGUGAAUAUAGAGGGAAAACGUAUAAAAUCUUGGAGGAAUUCAAGGUAUUUCACCUACAGGGUUCCCCAGCAGCCGUGGAAGGGAGCCACUUCACCGCCGCGCCCCCAGCCACUGCUCAUCUGCAAGCAAGAGACCAGAACGAUAGGCCCUCGCCCUGUGAAUGGUGUCGCUGCGAGCCAAAUAACGAAGUACACUGUGUGGUUGCUGACUGUGCAGUACCAGAAUGUGUCAACCCAGUGUACGAGCCAGAGCAAUGCUGUCCCAUCUGUAAAAACGGUCCAAAUUGCUUCGCUGGAACGACGAUCAUCCCAGCUGGCAUUGAAGUGAAGGUGGACGACUGCACCAUCUGUCGAUGCCAUAGCGGAGACUGGUGGAAACCUGCGCAGUGCUUGCGGCGGGAAUGCCUCAACGGUCAGCCGGCGUAGGAACCCCUCCAGAGCUGUGAAGGGGGGGCGGGGAUGAGACGUACGGCAUGUCUUAUGACAGCACUGGACAGACUGCACAAUCACUUUGGAAAACCAAGACCACUGGACAACUUGAGGCACACGGGAGCAUAGACUCAAUACAUACACGCACACACACACACAAAGAUCUUGGCAGAAAGUGAAAUUCAGACAUGUUUGUUUCACCUGUGAUGAGUUCAUACUAGGAUGAAGUUCACGAAAUUGUUUGGGUCACGCUUCACUCCAAAAUCAAAAGUAGAUAUCAAUUAAGCUUGUUUUCAUGGCCAUUCCGAUGUUUUGAAACUUAAAAUUUCGUCCCAAAUUUUGUUUGCCAUUUUAUGCACGAGCACCUAAGGUUGCUGACCCCUGAUCUAUUUAGCUAAGAGGCUUCAAAGAACCUUGACAAUGAUAAAGCUUCCGAACAUAAUAUUUAUACACUAUAAACCUUUGCAGUAAUGCAGAGUUUUCGCAUCUGUCUGGAUUCGGAAUACCCUUGUUUUUCCUCUUCCAAUCCCAAACAAACAAGCUUUUCUAGAGGCUAAGAGCUUGAACUUGUUAUCUAAGCAAUUAACCGACCCAAGUAGCUUACUUUAAUUUUCUUUAAUCAGGCAAUAUGCUGUGAUAAAUUACCCGCCUCUGCCCUCUGUACCCCAGACACAGCCCGGCAUUCGAAGGGCUGAAACAAAGGAACGAAUCUACAUACUGUGCUUCAAAGCAACACUGAAAAACACUUCUUUUGAUCUUCGGUGCAUGCGCAACCACUCCGCACGGCAAUUCCGCUUUCAGCAAAGAGGAGAGAUGUUGAUCAAGGCACUUUGAGAAGCACUUAAACCAAUAAGAACCUCUAAACACAUUCUGAGCCACUUUCAGCCCACGUUCGCCGAUGGUUGUGUGGUAACACGUAUGUGAAAAGCACGAUGGGUUAGCGGCGGCCAUAAUUCAGAUUUAGCAAAAGCAACGCCUAUAGAUCUGCUCAAGGAGCCUCUUACAUAAACACGAUCUACUUCCCUGAUUUUGAUUUCCAUUUUUUUUUAUGAUUAAUACAUUAAUUAAUUCAAUAGGAGCUUCACCAAGCACUUGCGAUUCAUCCUAGAGAAAAUUCAUACCCUUUAACCUUUUAGACUCUUCUAAAAGCAUUGAUGGAUGAGCUGCUUAAUAACGGAUCUGUGGAUUCGAUAAUGAGAGGAAAAUGAAUGCAAUUGCCUGACCUCCCCCUAUAAGGAUCCUCCCCCUAUAUAUAUACAUUAUAGAUGCAUUCAUCCACCGCCUUUUACCAUAUCUGAGCUUUCAGUUAGGUCUGUUGUCUCUCUAAAGCUCAAUAUGGAUGCCAAAGUCAACUAAUCAUAAAAGUCUCCAUUGAAAUAAUGAACUGUAAAAGUCCAUAAAUCGCAUAUAUAGUAAAUGAUAAAAGAACAGAAUUAAAUAGUCUCCGCAGUAUUAUAGCUCUGAACAUGAGCUGUAGAUUCCUCUUAUGUAGUCUUAUGUAUAGACUUUUUCUGUUUUUUUCUUACAGCCAUUCCGAUGAUCACAGACCUCUUUCUAAAAUCACAAUGCAGAUGGAGAUUUCUGGGCUCUGCUUAAGUUCUAGAUAGAUGCAACUAGCACCGACUUCACUGUAACAUCAAAAUGAGCUCCAAAGGAACUUUUGAAUCCAGAAUUUAAUUUUUUCCUACCAUGAGCUUAUGUUAUUCAGCUGUAAAGAAGUUGUAUCAAUAGUUUCAUUCCAAAAAGUUUUUUUUUUACCAUUAACAUUUUGUGCUUUGUGAUGUUGACUUUUGAGGUCCCCACAAAUCCUAUUAUUCUCUAAUACAAUAGUAUAUACAGUAUUACUAUAUUUUAGUAAACACUAUUACAAUACAACACUUUCGACCAUGUGUAUAUGGGUAGUUGACAAAUAUACCGUAAAUGUGUUCUAUUAUGUGACCGCAAAAAUGUAGAAAAAAAUAACAAUGAAGAUGAAAUCUCUCUUAUGCUAUUUUAUAUUAUAAAUAUUAACCAUUUAAAAUAAUAUAUUAUUAAAGGUUUGUUGGCUACAUUUUUGCUGUCACACCACAGGACACAUGUAUACACAACUACCCAAAUACUUGACAAAUUGAAAUAUCGCUGCUGUCCUUCUGAAACUUUGUAUCUCCAUAUUUUGUCAUUUUUAUUUUUUGCCAUAAAUCAGUACUAUUAAUCAUCCCUUUAUGUUUGUCACUGGGUUUUGCAAGUAUCUGAACAAUAAAAGGAACUAAAAAGUGCUUGUCAACUUUGACAACACAGUAUGUAAUCAUUUAAAAAGUUGUGUUUUUUCUAUUUUCUGAAAAACAGCGAAUUUGGACAUCCUAGGUUUCAGAAGGACAGUGACGAUAUAUUGUUUUUUACAUUACCAUUAUGAUGUCUGGCAGGAAAAUGUGCUUAAUUGUCUUAAAAAUAAUGUCAAGUUUAUUUAAUAGAAAGUUAUUUUUCCAUUUUGGGAUCAAAUAUGACCCAACUUGUUCUUGAAACGUUUCGUGAUAUUCACCCUAAUUCACUUCUCUCGCACUAUUGAAACAAAUGUCCUUGAAUUUUUUAUGUGAUUAAAAUGCAGUUUUGAAAUCUUUUUAUAUUAACCUCAAACGUUCUUUAACAGCUGUUUAUUGCUUAGGCACAUCGUUCCGCACGGGACGUCCUGAGAGUAAUUACUAAAACUGUCUCUUAUUGCUUAUUUAUUGACUGAAAAUCAGCCGAGACACGUAAAACGCCCACCUGGCUUCGUCUAUGAAAUCCCCCCCCCCCUCCAUUCCCUUUUGAUAAUCACAAGGAACUCACAGUGGCUCGGCCUGAUGACGUGGAAGACAUCUUAUUUGUACCUUCUCAUGCAGUCUUGUUCCUGAUUCAUAAGGAAGGACCGGCUCCUUCUGUUGAUGACGUAAAGACGUUCUGCAUCAUGCUUCUGAGAUCUGACUCUGUGCACAUGGCCUUCAAAACCUGUCAAUGUCUCUGCCCUUCACUGUCUAUUUUGUAAAGGUGAAACAUCUCUUUUUUGAGACACUGACUAACUGUAGCUGGAAGCUGUGAAAGAUUGUUCUUUUUUCUAAACAAAACUGUUAUAUGAAUUUGUGCCUGAAAACAAACAAACUACACCUGUAAUGGAGGAAAACAUACUGUUAAAACAAUCAGCUUUUAUUACUUGGCACUGAGGGACAUUAAAAGAUAUGUAACAUUUAACAAUCUUAGUGCUAUUGUUUAAAGGAACAGUACACCUAAAAAUGAAAGUUUUCUUUUUUCUAGAAAAUGAUUGGGUGAAUGGUUAGUAAACACAUACGAUGAUGGUAACAAAAUUUUCAUUUCUGAGUGCACUAUUCCUUCCUAAGAGAAUAUUACUAUUAUUACAAUAUGUGCGUUCCAUUUUUACAUGGGACAACGCCCAGGUGCCCUUUCUAAUGUAUAAACAUGUAAAUAUCUGCAAACAUUUAAUGUGUAUUCUGACUUCAGAGAUAGAAAGAGGAUUACAAAGGUGUAUUAUUUAUGGAGACAAAUAUUUUGUUAAAUAGAGCGAAAAAAGUGUUAUUCAGUAAAAAAGAAAGCUGGUGUGUGUGUGGGUUGAUUUU